GGAGAGAGGGAGGCUGCUUGUGACUGAGAAUGUGAGAGAGGACAACAGAGGAGGACGGAUCGGUGGCAGAAAGCAGGAGGCGCUGCUUGCAGUCAGGAGGAUGCUCCUCUGACAUGCGGACUUUCUCUGACGCCACCGGCUCUACCUGACCGCCGACCAGCCCGCUCACACACCACGGAGCUCGUGGUUUUAUUUUUUCCUUCCCCACAGUCUCCCCGCCGCCGCCGCCGCCGCUCUCUCUUCCCCCGGACCGGCUUCUGUCGCCAUGCCGCCGGCUGCCCGCUCGGUCCGUCUCCGCGGCACCUUGCCUGCAGUGCUGUGGGUCUGGCUGCUGUGGAGCAGCGUCUCAGCAGGAGAUAAAGAAGUCCCCACAGUCCCUCUCUCAAUUCAGUCUCCAGUGUUGACAACAGCCGGCAUAAGGGAAGACGGAUCUAAAGGUAAAACUUCCAGCCUCGCAGCAGGAGGUUUCCUGCACUCUGUGCUGGCCCAAAGAGGACGCCUCUUCUCCAAGAAAGGGGAGGUCGUCCCCUCUGCGCUGCCCCAGAAUCUGCUUCCUCUCCUGGGCAGAGGACUCAGUGUCAACUCCGUCCAUGGAAGCAACUCCCAGGAGCAUCAAAGCGAGGGAUUACCGACAAGGGCAAAGUCCCCAGCAUCAGCUGCAGCGUCUGGCCAGGGCAGCCGUCCAAGCCAACUGCCGUCCACAGACACACACUCUCAGCUGCCUCACACAAGGACACACACACCUGAGCCAGAGGCGGAAAUAACCACUGUACCAGACGUGGACACUGAAACGCCUUUAUCAACUGCAUCCAGCUGCAUGGUGAAUUUCUCCGACCCAGAGGGAUACAUAGACUCCUCUGACAACCCGCCUCUGCCCGACGGCCUUUUCCUGCACUGCACCUACACCGUGACCGUUUACACCGGCUACGGCGUGGAACUGCAGGUGAAGAACGUGAACCUGUCGGACAGCGAACAGCUGUCCAUCAGGGGCGUGGACGAUCAAGGCGCCACCCUGGUUCUGGCCAACCACACGCUGCUGGUGGAAGGUCAGGUGAUCCGCAGUCCCACCAACUCUCUGUCCAUCUACUACCGCUCGGCCUCAGAGGGCAGCAUGGGCCUCUUCCAGCUGCACUACCAGAUCUUCAGGCUGAGUUGCUCACUUCCGAAGAGACCUCACUUCGGGGAAGUGUCGGUGCUGAACCUGCUCCCUGGAGGCGUAGCCAACUUUCACUGCCACAUGGGUUAUCACCUGCAGGGGGAGCCGCAGCUCACCUGCAUCAACGCCUCGCUGCCGGUCUGGAGCGGCAAGGAGCCGACCUGCAGGGCUCUUUGUGGAGGGACAGUGAAGAAUGCAACGGUGGGGCGGGUGCUGUCGCCGUCCCCCCACCACGGACCAAACGCCACUUUGGACCGUUCCUGCUCCUGGUCCCUGGAGGCACCGAAAGACCAAAGACUACAUCUGCACCUGGAGAGGCUGGCCCUGGGGCCGACCGACAGGCUGGUGUUGUGGAGCGGCCUGGACGCUGGCUCUGUGGUGCUGUUCGAUUCAGGGCGGGGGGGGCAGAUACCCUUUGAGGGGGUGAUCAGCGAAGGUCCGGCUGUGAGGGUCCAGUUCAUCACCGAUCAGCCCAACCAUGCGACCGGGUUUAACAUCCGCUACGAAGCUUUUGAGCGUGGCCACUGCUACGAGCCGUACCUCCAGAAUGGAAACUUCACCACAUCGGACCCCUUGUACGGCGUGGGAACGGUGGUUCAGUUCACUUGUGACCCCGGUCACUCUUUAGAGCAGGGCCCUCCGGUGAUCGAGUGCAUAAGCGCCAGGGACCCGUACUGGAACGACACGGAGCCGCUCUGCAAAGCCCAGUGCGGCGGGGACCUGACGGGUCCAGGCGGAGUCAUCCUGUCCCCAAACUGGCCGGAGUGGUAUGGAGAAGGAGAGGACUGCAGCUGGAGGAUACACGUCGGCGAAGACAAACGAGUGCUGCUUGAUGUUCAGCUGCUAAACAUCAGCGACAGCGACAUGCUGACCUUCAUGGAUGGCGACGAGGUCACGACCCGGAUCCUGGGGCGCUACGUCGGAGGCAGCAGCCCCUUCAAGCUCUCGUCCAGCACGCCGGACCUGACCGUCACCUUCCACUCUGACCCUGCCGGCCUCGUCUUUGGGAAGGGGGAGGGGUUCAUCAUCAAUUACAUCGGUGAGCGUUUAGCAACCGUUAGACCUGGACCCAGAUCUGAUGAAGGAAGAACUUUUACAAUUCUUAUCCAUUGUAAACAUUUCAGUUUUAUGUGUUUACUUAGACAUGCUGAUUUGUUUUCCAUUUGGCCCAACAGGUGCAGAUAUCACACCAACCUGAGGUUGCCGCUGAUCUACCCUCACCCUUACCGACAGAUCACUGUGGAGACAGAAUUUGACAACCCGCUUUAUGAGACAGGAGGACAGGACUCUCGUGAAUAUGAAGUAUCAAUAUGAGACAUUUCUAAAGACACUUCUGAAGCAACCACCCGGCGCUGACACCUCAUCAUCCCUGACCCUUUCUACCCAGGAGGAGGCCAUGUAAAUACAAAUAAUGAUGUCCAGCCCCUCCCUGCUACAAGACACAGUCACUCAUCUCCCCCCCUCCUCCCUUUGAUGUGAUAGCUUUUGUAGACAUAAUGGGAAACUGAAGAGGAACCUGUGAAGCAAAGAGAUAUUAACACGAGUCGGUGACACAUCGGCGGGAGGCCAUAUGGACGGUAGUAAAGGAAGACGUUGGGGACAGGACGCCGUGGGAGGAAUGUGAAAUUAGAGGGUCAAAACAUGUUCAUUUUGGGAGAAACUAGAUUUCUUAUCAUUUUUGUUUCACUUGUAACACAGCUGCUGUCUGACUUUUUUUCUGUAGAAGCCAAGUUAAGGUAUUUUGUAGUUAUCUUUGUUACUGGAGGAGUUCGAUAUUUCUGCGCUAAAUGUAAAACGUUUACAUGCAGGAAAUCAACAGAAAACAAUCAUAAUUUAUUUCACAUUUAAAAUCUAGGUGAGAAA